AUUCAUAGAAAGAGAAAAAAAGAGAUAUUUUUCCACAAAGUUCUUCUGCAAUGAAUGUUUGGUAGCACAUCUAUCUCACUUUUUUAAUCUAAAUUUUCACCUAUGGAGUUUGAUUUCAGAGAAACAAAACCAUCUUAAACCGACCAAGUUUUCUUCUCAUGGCUGCAAUAUCAUGUUCCUAUGCCUUCUCCCAUGAUGUGUUCCUCAGCUUUAGAGGCUCAGACACACGCCAUGGUUUUGUUGGGAAUCUUUACAAAGCUCUUGAUGACAAGGGAAUCCAUACUUUCAUUGAUGAUGAGAAGCUUCAGAGAGGAGAGGAAAUAACACCUGCACUUAUGAAGGCAAUUGAAGAGUCUAGGAUUGCCAUCACUGUGCUCUCUCACAACUAUGCUUCUUCAUCAUUUUGUUUAGAUGAACUUGUUCAUAUCAUUGCUUGUGCUAAGGAGAAAGGCUUGUUGGUUUUGCCUGUUUUUUAUGACUUAAAUCCUUCUGAUGUAAGACACCAGAAAGGUAGUUAUGCAGAAGCAUUGACAAGGCAUGAGGAAAGGUUCAAAGACAAAAAGGAAAGUUUCAGCCAUAACAUGGAGAGGUUGGAGAAAUGGAAGAUGGCUUUGCAUCAUGUGGCUAGCUUGUCUGGCUAUCAUUUCAAACAAGGAUAUGAAUAUGAAUAUGAGUUUAUCAGAAGGAUUGUUGAGUUGGUCUCUAGCAAGAUUAAUCGAACUCCUUUACAUGUUGCGGAUUACCCAGUUGGAUUAGAGGCACAAAUGGUAGAAGUGAUGAAGCUUUUGGAUGUUGGAACUGAUGAUGGUGUUCACAUGGUUGGGAUCCAUGGAAUUGGUGGAAUAGGAAAAACAACACUUGCUCUUGCAAUUUAUAAUUUGGUUUUUGACCAUUUUGAUGGUCUGUGUUUUCUUGAAAACGUGAGAGAAAACUCAGACAAACAUGGAUUACAACAUCUCCAAAGCAUUCUUCUUGCAGAGUUGGUUAAAGAAAAGAGAAUAAACAUAGGAAGUGUGCAAGAAGGAAUUUCAAUGAUACAACAUAGGCUGCAACGAAAGAAGGUUCUCUUGAUAGUAGAUGAUGUUGACAAGCAUGAGCAGUUGCAGGCUAUUGUUGGAAGAUCUGACUGGUUUGGUUCAGGCAGCAGAAUCAUCAUAACGACUCGAGAUGAACAGCUGCUAGCAUCUCAUGAGGUUAAAAGAAUGUAUGAGGUGAAGGAAUUGAACAAGAAGGAUGCUCUUCAAUUGCUUACAUGGAAAGCUUUUAGAACUGAUGAAGCUGAUCCAAGUUAUGAGGAGGUCUUGAAACGUGUGGUAGCUUAUGCUUCUGGCCUUCCAUUGGCUUUGGAAGUAAUAGGUUCCAACUUGUUUGGAAAAGGUAUAGAAGAAUGGAAAUCUGCGAUCAAACAAUAUGAAAGAAUUCCUAAUAACCAAAUCCUGAAGAUACUUAAAGUAAGCUUUGAUGCUUUGGAGGAAGAAGAGAAGAAUGUUUUUCUUGACAUUGCUUGUUGCUUCAAGGGAUAUGAAUUGGAAGAGGUCCAAGAUAUACUUCAUGCACAUUAUGGUGAUUGCAUGAAAUAUCAUAUUGGGGUGCUAGUUGAUAAAUCUCUCUUAAAGUUUAAUAUGCAAUGUAUGAUGGUGACCAUGCAUGACUUGGUAGAGGACAUGGGUAAGGAAAUUGUACGAAAGGAGUCACCAAAAGAUCCAGGCAAACGUAGCAGAUUAUGGUUGCAUGAGGAUAUAAUACAAGUUUUAGAAGACAACACAGGAACUAGUGAAAUUGAAAUCAUACAUUUGGAUUUUCCCCUACUUGACAAAGAAGAAAUGGUAGAAUGGAACAGAAAGGCCUUCAAGAAGAUGAGAAACCUCAAAACACUAAUUAUUAAAAGUGGUAACUUUUCUGCAGGUCCCAAAUAUCUUCCAAAUAGUCUAAGAGUAUUAGAAUGGUGGAGAUAUCCUUCACAUGAUUUACCAUCAGAUUUUCAUUCAAAGAAACUUGCCAUGUGCAAAUUACCUCAGAGUUGCUUUACGUCACAUGACCUGGUUAGCUUAUUGAAGAAGUUCAUGGGUAUGAGAUUUUUAAAUUUGGACAAAAGCAAAUCUUUAACACAGAUACCUGAUGUAUCUGGUCUCCCAAAUUUAGAGAAACUUUCAUUUCAACAUUGUCAGAAUUUAACUGCAAUUCACAAUUCCAUUGGCUUUCUAUGUAAACUCAAAAUAUUGAGUGCUUUUGGCUGCACCAAACUCGUGAGUUUUCCACCUAUCAAGUUGACUGCUCUUGAAAAGCUCAAUCUCUCACGUUGUUACAGUCUUGAAAACUUUCCAGAAAUAUUAGGAAAGAUGGAAAACAUAAGGGAACUUCAGUUAGAGUACACAGCCAUAAAAGAAUUUCCAUAUUCUUUUCAAAAUCUUACACGGCUUCAAGAGUUACAACUAUCAAACUGUGGAGUUGUUCAAUUACCGAGUAGCAUUGCUGUGAUGCCAGAACUGACUGAUCUUAUUGGUUGGAAAUGGAAAGGGUGGCAAUGGCUGAAACAGGAAGAGGAUGAAGAAAAAGAGGGAUCAUCUAUAGUAUCUUCAAAUGUAGAAUAUCUUUGGGCCUCAGAAUGCAACCUGUGUGAUGAUUUCUUUUCAAUCGGUUUCAUGAGAUUUGCUCAUGUGAAAGACUUAGACUUAUCAAAGAACAAUUUCACAAUGCUACCUGAAUGCAUCAAAGAGUUUCAAUUUUUAAGGAAGCUUAAUGUGAGUGAUUGCAAGCUUCUUCAGGAAAUUAGAGGGAUUCCACCAAGCUUGAAACAUUUCUUAGCAACAAAUUGUAAAUCCUUGACUCCCUCAAGUACAAGCAUGUUCCUAAAUCAGGAACUACAUGAGGCUGGAAAAACUCAGUUUUAUUUACCAGGAGAAAGGGUUCCAGAAUGGUUUGAUCACCAAAGUAAUGGACCUUCAGUUUCUUUCUGGUUUCGUAAUAGGUUUCCUGAGAAGGUUCUUUGUCUUGUUAUUGGACCUGUGAAUGACUGUGGAAUGUUUAGGCCUAUGGUAGUCAUCAAUGGCAGUGAGUGUUUUCUUGGUAGUGGCUAUUUCAUGAUGGGAAUGGAUCAUACAUAUAUUUUUGAUCUUCUAACGAUAGAGUCUGAAGAUAACUUAUAUGGAGUUCCUUUAGAAAAUGAAUGGAACCAUGCUGAAGUUAAAUACGUAGGUUUGGAAGAGACAUCAAUCCUUAAACAAAGUGGAAUUCAUGUUUUCAAACAAGAAAGUGGCCUGGAGGCUGUUUGGUUUUCUGAUCCUUAUGGCAAGAGAAAAUUAGAAGAUGAUCUCAAUAGUUUUGAAUCACAAAACCAACAAGUGCUAAAAAAGCAUAGGUUUGUGGACAUGGAAGCUUAUACAUGACAAAAGUGUAUAGUUUUAUGCUAAAGGGUAUAUCAACAAAAUGAUUGUUGUAAAUACACUGUUAGUAUGUACUUAUUCUGUAUUGUACUCAGAGAAGACAUGUUUAUUGAAGUUCCAAUAGUUUUGGAAAAUUGUUGGAGUGGACCUUAAAUCUAACAAGACCUAUUUGUAAA